AAUUCCAAGUAGAUAAGUUCCACUUAUUUUAAAAAUUUAAUUAUAUAAAAACAGAAAAGAAACUCUAGUGUAACUGAACUGACCAAAUGAACAAAGACUAGAAAAUUUAAAGCAAAUCGAAAGAGAAUAAGAAUAAGAAAUGGAGACGUUCCGGACGUCGUACCGCCGGGACUUCCCCUGGCCGUGGGCGCUGCCCGUGCGACUCAGCGCGUGGCGUCCGCCCGAGGUGACCUUCGACCGUCCGCGCGAGGGCCCUCCCGCGCCGUGCCCCGACUGCCCCUGCCCCGAGCACUCCUGGGCGCGGGAGCCGCUGGCCCACUACUUGUGCCUGGCGGGGAAGGAGGCCCGGCUGCACCAGCGCGCGCAGGCCGUCAAGCACGAGCUGCAGCGAUGCGCCAACCGCACACGGGACGAGGAGCAAGCGCGCCGCACCAAGUACCCGCCGCUGCCCGGCGGCGAGGACUGGCUCACCAUCUACGCGUCCGACUACACCCAGAAGGACAUGGUGCCCCGGCUGGACUAUGUCGGCGUGCUCACGGAGCUCGUCUCCACCGGCAUCCCGCGGGCGCCGCUCGGCCGCAGCCUGUUCGCCACUUACGACGACCCCACGGUAUUCCGGCGGUCCCCGCACACGGUGCCGGUGUACCGGCCCGAUCGGCCCGUGAGGAGGCCGUCGAAGCGCGACAUCUGGGAGCAGUGGUACGAGGACUUCCCCGUCGACUCGGAGUACGCCGUGGCCUACAGCCAGACGGCGUACAACACGACCCGCAAGUGCCAGCCCUUCAAGAACCCCCUGCUGCCCCAGCUGGCCAUCGGAUAGGCGGUGUCUCUCCCGGCCCGUCAAGGUGGCGGUGGUGGGGGCGUCCUCGCGCGCGGGCUGGACCGCCGCCUUCCUGCUCAAGUCGAGCC